UGUAACUAGUUCCGUAAAGUGAGCCAAUGGGCACAUAGACGGGUCUGGGCAUUACUGUCUGGUUAGACAGCUGUCAAAUCUGUCCCCGCCCCUUCAUAGUGCGUCAUACCAGCUGGUCCCGAGAAUGCGGUGUCAUGGCGACCCUCAUGGAGCGCCUGGCUUUCCUUCAGAAAGUACCCAUUCUAAUGAAAGCCACAGCAGAUGACGAAACACCUUGCCCUGGUUACCUGUUUGAAGAAAUCGGCAAAAUUUCCCAUGACUCAGUGGGGUGGUGCCAGUGCUUGCUGGAGUACCUGCUGGACCGUCUGCAGGGAGAUUCAUGCCAUGUCAAACUGAAGGUUCUGAAGAUCCUGCUUCACCUGUGCGGUCACGGUUCGCACCACUUCCUGACUGAGCUGCGCCGGAAUGCCACCUUCAUCCAGGAAGUGACAGUGUACAGCGGCCCCCCUGACCCCAUCCACGGUACCACCCUGUAUCAGAAGGUCCGAGCUGCAGCACAGGACCUGGCCUGUCAGCUCUUUACUGAUACAGUGUUACCCCAACCUGCCCUGUCCCCGGUCAGCACUGCUCCCCCUGCCCUGGGAAUGGGCUCGGAGUCUGUGAUCAGAUCUGGCAUGCAGGGAUUCGGUUAUAGCCCCAGAAAACACACCUCCGGUGGGGGCACUCUGCUGGACAGGAUCCAGAAGGCUGCAGAGGUGGUGGCCAGCGCUGUGCUCCCUCCCACUGAACAGCAGGGCAUCCGUCUCCACGACAACCACUAUCGUGCGGUGAUGGCACCCUCUGCUGCCGUGGAGGUGGCAGUGCCUGCGUGCUCCUACAACCUGCCUUCUCAUGGGCUCAAAGCCGAGCAGCGGAGUCCAGGCCAGGUGGGCGGCGGCUGGGAGGAGACUGACAGCGGGCACAGCUCCCAUGAUUCCUCUCAGGAGAACGGCAACGCCAGCCGGGCAUCGGGGACGGACAGCCAGUCUGGAGCCAGCCGGGAGAGCGGCGACCUGUCGGAACGGGUGGAAGCCAUGCACCUUGGAGACUGUUGCCAGGAGACCAUGCUUAUCAGCAGCCUGACUGACGGCCCCAAGGUCUUCCUGUCCAGGGAGGAAGCGCAGCGCUUCAUCAAAGAGUGCUCCAUACUCAACUGUGAGGUGGUGGUGGAACUCCUCUGUCGCAAGCUUCAGGACCCCACACACACUGCCCAAAUGAGGGCGCUCUCUGCCAUUGCCUGUCUGAUGUCAUCUGACCUGCUGUCUCUGGAUCACAUAUUUGGGGUGACCCACAAGCACCUGGGACACCUGAGCAAAGGCCCCCCGGGGCCAGCGGCCAACAAGGCCACCAAGCUCCUGAGGCAGUUUGAGGCUCUGAUGGGAACCCAGGUGGGCGUGGCCCGAGUGGGCGUGGCAGGGGCUGGGCCCCUCCCUCUGGACUCUGCCUCCAAGCUCCCAGACGGGGGUGUGUCACUCGCUGCUGCCAGCAGGGGGGGCCCUGCACUGGGCUCAGCUCCGGGUGAGGCUCCCAAUCCCAAACCCGCCCGCCAGGUCGACCCCCCGUCAGUGUCAGAGGCGGGGUGGGGGCCUGUUACCACAGAGAGCAGUACCGUGGAGACGCCAAUCCUUUACCAUGGUGAAGAGGAGGGUGGGGGACAGGCGGAGUCUUCCUCAGACUGGCACACCCACACGGACACUCGGCCAUCUUUGUUCAGCGGAAUGCAGCUACUGAGGCCCAAACCUGUCUGUGCCAGCGCCACGCCCACUCUGCCGGACGGGGCUGCCCCGCCCACUCUGCCGGACAGGGCUGCCACGCCCACUCUGACUGACAGGGCUGCCCCGCCCACUCUGACUGACAGGGCUGCCACGCCCACUCUGCCGGACAGGGCUGCCACGCCCACUCUGACUGACGGGGCUGCCACGCCCACUCUGCCGGACAGGGCUGCCACGCCCACUCUUCCAGACAGGGCUGCCACGCCCACUCUGCCGGACAGGGCUGCCCCGCCCACUCUGCCUGACAGGGCUGCCACGCCCACUCUGACUGACAGGGUUGCCCCGCCCACUCUGGUGGACAGGGCCGUGGCCAUGGAAAGCGACUCAAACACAGACCCCCCCAGAGAGACACGCCCACCCCAUGAUCCGCCCCCCUCGGCCCCCCCAGAACAACGCUCUGCCUUCUCCUUCCUCAAUGUCUGACCUGCCCCCAGCCCCCCCCCACCCCAAACCUGAUGAUGAUAAUGGUGGUGGGGAUUCUGAUGAUGAUAGAGAUGAUGAUGGUGGUGCUGUGGGUUGUGGUGAUGAUGAUGAUGGUGGUGGUGGUGUUAGCAUUUUGUAAAUGAGGUGCCUGGUGCUGGAGACCCACAGAGUGGGUUUUGUCUUAACCCUAAACGUAGUCCAGCCCCAGGUCAGGUGAUGCGAUUGGCCAGUUAAAGCAGCUGAUUGUACAGAAGCAGGCCUGCUUUCACAAGCGGACAUAUUCUAUAUUGCGGGACUGAAGGGGGGAGGGGAGGGGGGGGAGGGAGAGGGGGAGAGAUGGAGAGAAAAAUGGAGGAAGAUAGAGGGAGGGAUGGAGAGAGGGGAGAGAUGAAUGAACAGAUGGGGCAGGAAUGGAGAGAGAAAUGUAUACGGGGAGAGGGAUGGAGAAAGAGAGGGAUGGAUUACGUCUCUGCAGACCUCCAGCACAGCCCCUCUUUGGAACUGGUAAUUCCACAUUCUGUCCACCAGAUGGCAGUCUUUCACUCAGAUCGUCCAGGCGUGUAGCAGUAAAGGACUCUGUCCCCUCAGUGGGUAUUUUUAUCCUUUUCUUCCCCCUCAGGGUUGGGUUUAGUCAGCUGAUUCACAGCUGAACUGUGAUUGGUUGUUGGGGGGCAGACAUUUGUUGGACUUCAAUGCCUUAGUCACCCCAGGACCUUCCACAUCGACGCCUGUAUUCAUAAAGCAUCUCGGACUGGGACCGUUGGUCCAGGUUAGCCUUUAGCGCAUAAAGGAUAAGGUCAGGAUGCAAGUCUAAUCAUAGAUCAGUGCUCCUACUCUGAUAUGCUGGAGAAACAGGCUCUCCUCUCAUUUAAACUGCUGGGUUUGUUUACGCACUUGAGUAUUUCAUCUUUAUGCACUUAAAGGUCUUCCACUCCGAGUGUUCACUAUAGCGACUGGUUCUUUGGAACACAGAAGACACUACGCGUCUGUCGAUGGGUCACUUUUUAUUCUUUGGAACUUUAUUUUAUGGUUACUAGAAAAACAGCCAUUUGGAAACAGUUUUUUUGUUCUCGAAUGCGUUGAUGAUUCAGGAUGAAGAUUUCUAUAAUCGUAUUAAAUGAUUUGCCAAA